AUUUUGGCGCCAUUUUCUACCAGCUGAGCUCGUGUUUGAAUUUCCUCAGGUAUUUCACUGCGUGACUUAAGAAUAACUGCGGUGAAAAUUCAGUUUCAAUAUGGAAGAAAGCAGAAAUCGACCUCGCCGAACUUGUGUCGUAAAACAGCAAGAACAGAGCAGAAAAGAGCAUGCUAGGUUUCAGCACGCCGCUAUGGAUAAGGACACCUAUAGUCCGACUAUUGAUAAAAUGGAAACGGCUUGCAAUGAUGAUACCGACGUAAAUAUUGAACCUACGGAAGAGAAUGAGAAUAAUCCACAAACUCCGUCCAAGCGAGAAAACGGUUUUGCGUUGCCAUCCGUUGGUAGGGAAAUGUACAGCUUUGGAUGCGUCCAGUCACCCUCAGUAAAAGUUGCCAGUGCGAUCAGAACACCCUCGAUCAGAUUGCGGAGGCCGACAUCAUCGCAGGAAGCCCCAUCAUCACGUACUCCGUCGAGUCGUGGCGACGAAUAUAGCAACUCCGGAACGCCGUCUAGCCGUACAGGCGGCCGAAAGCCUCGAACACGACUCGAUCCUAUAACUCCUCGUGCCGCUAGACGCAACAUCGCUGCACGUUUAGGCAAAUCAAAAGAAGAAACACUUAACAAUUACAUUGACUCGGAAGAUAGUGAAGACGAUGAUGAAAAUUAUGACGACGAGGUGCUGCUUGAGGACGACGACGAUACAGUUCACGAUUAUUUCAAUCAAAGCGUCCGCCAGCGAGCAGUUGGAAAAACGACCAGCGAUCACACGCUGGCGAAGCUAGGUGCCUCGAUGUUGAAUGAGGAACAGAUUGCUGCUAUACUUAAAAGUCAGAGAGACACUCACGCCGGACAUCGUGAGAAAAUUCUCAAAACAUUAUCACGAAAUUUCUCUUUUUGGUUACAACUCGCUCGGGAAGGGUCGAACUUGCUCUUAUAUGGACUUGGUUCAAAGGUGAAGGUCUUGAGUAACUUUGUAGACUAUCUUGAGAAAGAAAAUUACACCACCAUGGUCGUCCACGGAUUCCUGCCAACUUGUGGCCUGCAGGAAAUAGUCACUAAUAUACUUGAAUAUGUUAUUGAAGAGCGACCCAAGGGAAUUGUAGGGCUACAAGCUCAGGUUGACUUUAUCUGCGCUUACUUUGCUCGCUCUGAUGCGCUUCAUCUUUUUCUCCUCGUAAACUCGAUUGACUCCCCUGCACUCACAAACCCUCGGCUGCUUCAGGUGUUUGAGACCUUGGCUUGUGCCCCUAGAAUUCAUUUCGUCGGCAGCGUGAACCAUAUCAAUGCGCCACUUCUGUAUGACCUAAAUCGGGCAAGCGCUAUGAGAUGGGUCUGGAUAGAUGCGACGACCUACGAACCAUACGUAUUGGAGCUUUUUUCGGAAUCUCUGAAAUCCUCGACAGCCAACACUUUGUCCUCACUUGAGCACGUAUUCGCAUCACUUACAGCUAACGCUAAAAAGGUAUUUAUGAUUAUAGCUAACUAUACUUUGGAACGUUGUUCAUCAGCCAAUUCGUCCGCCAGCAGCUUUCGUGGUAUGGCCUUUCAAGACUGCUAUCGAAUGUGUCGUGAGGCGUUCGUCGUCAACUCCGACCUUACGCUCCGUACGCAGCUGACUGAAUUCGUUGACCAUGACAUGGUUCGAAUAAAGAAAGGUCAUGAUGGUGUUGAAUAUCUUAUUAUACCAUUAGCAAAAGAAACGUUAGAAAUUUUUGUACAGCAGCAGGAGGAAUCUUGCUGAGAAUUGUAAUAAGUGUUGAUCAUUAGUCAGAUUGUAUAAAAGGCGAAGCCGUUCGCUUCGUAUGGGGGCGAUUGUAAAAACAAAAUACAAGGUUUAAUGUUGACCUCGUUUGGGUAUGUGUUUGUCUACCUGCAGUAUUUAUGGAAAUAAAAUAUUUAGCUAAUAAAGAUUUCACUAUGACAUAGUAUAUUUUCUUCAGAAGAUUUCCAGUGCCCUUUAUGACUUAGACACCGCAAUUUCCCCUUUCAGCAGGUAAGCUCUAAGUCUGCUAUAGAUGACUGAGAAUAAGUAGUACUAUUCAAGAGGUUAAAUAUGCGGAGCUGGAAGGUUAAACGCUGGUCAAUGGAUAAAAACUUUCGUACAGUUUUAUCUGGCAAUUUUACAAUCUGCUUCUACAGUUAAAUUGAUUCAUAGAAGUAACAAAGUUUUGUUUAAUAGAGUGAUACACGCACGGAUUCGUUUUGGACGAAUCACAAUAGAUUCAAGUCAGUAAUACGCGCUUGAUUUUUGGCAUUGGUCUACACAUAGAUGAUGCGAAAGUGCGCCUAGAAUUAUCACUGCAAAGCAUCCAACUAGAUAAAAAUUGUUGUUAAGACCUCAAAUAAUGGUUCAAAGCAAAAUUUUACCUGCCUUUAUGCUAUUGCAUUUGAGUUUUUCCAAGGGGCCGAAGGAAACGAAACGUGGAGUAAAUUUUGCUGUCGUUCUGGAAAACAUACUAAUAUAAGGCUCCCUAGUAUAGACAAAGUGUUGCUUAUGAAGGAAAGACCACAAGCAUAGGCUUUGUAUUUUCAAACGCAGCAUAAUUUGGUUGCAAUAAUAUAUAAACACACAUAGGUUAGUAAAGGCCUUUCUUAAAAUCUAUGGAAGGAAGAAUUGCAAGGCUAUAUAAUGAGCAUUAGUCGAUUCAUUUAGCGAUGAUUGUGGUAAUUUCUUUGAGAAUGGCAUAAUUAAUUAUUAUUUUAACGUUUGUGCAAUUUUUGUCUGAUAAAAAAUAAAUUCCGUUAUUAUACUGACAGAUAAACAAAGGUAGAUAAGAUUUAAGUAAGUAAGGUGCAAUCCGAUCGCACUGACUGAGAUAUUGACUACAAAACAAAAUUAAACGAAUUAAUUCGUCAUUUUGGUAACUUUUUUACACCAGACCUUUGCGUCAAUAUUAAAUCAUUAUCAGGUAUUAUUAGUUGGAACAUUUAUAUCAGUCCCCUCUGAAUUUACGCUUGAUUAGUGCCAGUAUCAAUACACUUUCCAUCAGACGUAGAAUAAUGUUUUUCCUAAUCCCAGUACCUAAGAUGAGCUUUUAGCUGGAUUAUAUUAUUAUAAGCUGCGGGAUAUUAUAGUCCUAGUAGAAACGAUUAGUUCCAUAUAUUUCUAAGGUCUUUUUUUUUCAAUAAAAGUGCACUUCUUAAUCAACGGAGUCAUAAAUCGUGCACUUCUUCAAAGUACUUGGAGAUUGGCCGAACAAAAAGACAUCAGCAAUUUUAUCAGCAGUACUCUGUUCUCUUUCUUGUGGCCUGUUUCUUUUUUUUUUUUCAUUUUUUCCGUUACUUCCUUUCUUUAGCAGGUUCGAAGGUGUGCCUUUAAUCUUGCAACGUGCUUUGGCUCGCAGUUUUCGUUCCCUCGAUGUUACCACACCCUUUCUUUUUGUUUGAUAAUAAUAAUCUACAAAUACUUUCUCGUACCAUUAUAUCUAUCUUUUUAUCAUCAUAUAUAUGUAUAACACAUAUUAUUAUCAUUAUCAUAUCUUAAGUACGUUAGCAUAAUAAUCGUGUGCUUAUGUUAUACGUUUUUAUCUACUAUAUAUAGAUUUCAUAUAAUAACAACAUUUUUGGCUUGAUAGCAAGUACCCCGUCAUUGAUCGACUGCUAUAUUUCUUGCUUGACUGCUUCGUUAUGUAAACAAAUAUCUUUACGGAAUUCUUUUGGGUUUCACA